AUGCAAUCCAACGGAAUUUCGAGACACAGCGGCGACAGCCGUCGCAGCAGUAUGGUGGACGCCACUGGCCGAUUUUGCAGUCAGCCGAUCACCGGAUCGCCGGAGAUUCUCGUCGGCCUCUGCUACGACGACAAACACGAGGUCGUCACGGUGACGAUUGACAAAGCAUCGGGACUCUGCGCCGAAUCGUCGACGCCUCCCGACACGUUCAUUCGCAUCGUCGCCUGCGAUGAAUUCGCCGCCGAGCUGUUUCGAAAUAAGACGGAAACGUUCAAGCACAACACCCAACCUGUCUAUAAUCAUCACAGUACUAUGAAGAUUCCGAAAGACAAAAUCGAGUCAUCGACGGUGCGCAUCGAAAUCUGGACAGUGUCGGGAAUCCUGAAACGGAAGCAUAUGAUCGGCACACUGAGCAUCGGAUACGCUUCAUCAACACCGGAUGCGAACGAGCAUUGGGAGCAGAUGAUGCAGAGCGCCGGCAUCACCGUCUCGAAAUGGCACGCGGUUCAAUCGCCGGACAUCUAA